GUCAUCAAAAUCAAAUUGUUAAAAUCAAAAGUUGUGUUGUGUUGUGAUUUGGAAUAAUUUGCUUUUCAAUAUUUAGAAAUACAUGAAAAAUGACUGAAUUGUUCAUUAAUAGCGGCAUUUGUCGUUGCUGCCAUGCACAAGGUAGCUUCAAAAGUUUAAAUCAGGCGCAUACCUUCGAAGGACGCCAAGAAAUAUACUCAAAUAUGUUACAACAUACAUUCAACAUAGAAAUAAAACCUGCACCUACUGCACUGGAUGUUUAUUCUAUAUGUGACACGUGUAUCCCAAGGUUGUGUGAUGCUCAACAAUUUAGACAACAAAUUCUUUCGUGUGAGAGGCUCUUCCAUCAGUUUUAUAACACACAUUUACUCAAAGGUUUUGAUUCAUAUAACAAAGAUGUUAAACAAGAAGCUGCAGAAACAUGUGAAGAGAAGAAAACAACUAUUGUUAGCCCAGACAGAGAGUAUAACAACACAAAAUGUGAAGAUGAAAGCUCAUCUCAUUCUGAUGCAUUUGAAGCAGAGGACGACGAUCAACCUCUAUCUGUCCUCCAAAAUCAAAGCAAAAUUAAUGAAAGUUGGGAGCCCUUUGCAGAUGAUAAUUCCAAAGCGAAGUCUGUAGAAAUAAAAACCAUCAAGAAAUUCAGCUGCAAAAUAUGUGGAAAGAAGUUCUCCUACCACGGCUCACUGGAAGUACAUAUGAGAACGCACAGUGCAGAGAAAACCUAUAUAUGUCACAUAUGCAAUACUAGAUACACACUUAACAAGGAGCUUAUUAAACAUAUCAACGCCUCACAUUCUGUUAACGGCGAAUUUCGAUGCACAUACUGUUCAAAGGCUUUCGAAAAGGCGCGUCUAUUGAAAAAUCACCUCGCAACACACUUCGGGCAAGAUAAAUUCAAAUGCAGCCAUUGUGACAAGGAGUUUCAGAGGAAGAAAGGCCUUAAAGAGCACAUGAAAAUACAUACGGGAGAGAAAAAUUUCACAUGCACCAUAUGCAGUAAAUCAUUUGGUCACAAUCAAACGUUAAAGUCCCAUAUACUGACACAUACUGGAGAGCGGCCAUACGUGUGUGAUGUAUGUGGUAGAAGAUUUCCGCAACGCACACAUUUAAAACGUCACAUAUUCAUAAUUCACACCGGCGUCAAACCACACAGCUGUAAGGUCUGCAACAAACGGUUUUCAAGCAAAAGUUAUUUAUCCAUACAUCAAAGACAACACACAGGGGAGAGACCAUACGCUUGCGAAGUGUGCAAGAAAGACUUCACAGCGUACACCACCCUCAAAGUGCAUAUGCGUGUACAUACGGGUAUAAAACCGUAUAUAUGCUCCUUCUGCAACCGACAAUUCGCGCAGAUGGCCAGCUUCAAACUCCACGAAAGAACACACACUGGGGAAAGACCGUUCGCGUGUAAAGUGUGUAAAAAAGCGUUCUCAGACAACGGUUAUUUAAAAAUACACAUGCGUGUACACACCGGUGAGAAACCCUUCAACUGUGACGUGUGUAAACGUUCGUUCCGUGAAACUGGUCAGUUGAAACGUCACAUGCGUGUACACACGGGCGUAAAACCGUAUACAUGCAAGAUAUGCAACAAACAAAUCGGCAACUUGUCUAAGCAUAUGCGCGUCCAUUCAGACGAGAGGCCGUUCAACUGCAACGUGUGCAACAAACAGUUUUCUAUCAAUGGCAACUUGAAGUUGCAUAUGCGUAUCCACACUGGCGAGAGGCCGUUCAGUUGCGACAUGUGUAACAGUCACUUUACACAGAGCAGUGGCUUGAAACGUCACAGAUGUUCGCAUAUUGGAAAAAGCGAUUGAAGAACUGCAUUAUUUUGUAUAUACUAUACUUGCAGUUAGGGUUGUGGUGCAGUUGCGUUGGGGUCCCAAAGUGGAAUGGCGACCCGCAGUGUAAACGCAGUGUUAGCCGACCCCCCACCAGGUGGACUGACGACAUCAAGCGAAUCACAGGGAUUCGCUGGAUGCAGGUGGCUCAGUAUCGUGAUGUUGGGAAGUCCCUACAAAAGGCCUAUGUCUAAAAAAUCAAAAAAAUAUCGUCCUGCAGUGGACGUCCAUUGGCUGAUGUGAUGAUGAUGAUGAUGAUACUUGCAGUUACCCGCGGUAGCUUAGCAGUGAGCGGAAAGGUAAAAAUUAUACAUUCACUACCACUACCACUCCAGGGCUAGGCCUUCAUCUUUAUAGGAGAGAGGAUAUGGAGCUUAAACCUACCAUGCUGCUCCAAUGCGUAAUGGCGGGCUAUACAUAAAUAGUAUACACUAAGAUUAAAGUAUACAUAUUUUAGCAGACUCAAAAGUGAUUACAAAAAUAAGAAAACGAAUGUCGAACAAAGGUUAUGAUUCACAACAUUUGUCAGGAUAACUUAAUUAACAAAUCAAACUGUAAACAAAAUAAGACCCUAGAAUGGCAGAGAAUGACCUUGAGUGAAGUCACGCACUUGUGAAUGUUGUGUGUAGGGUUAAAGGUACCUUUGACUGUUAACAAACACUCCCCUUUUCCACUCAAGUCACUCUCCCCGCCUAUUCCAAGUAACUCAUAAAGAAUUACACAACAAGAGAUGUGGACGGCUCGAACGUUACGAACAUACUGAAGCCGUCCGUACCGCAAGUCGUUGCAACGCGGCGAUAACACAUUUUAUGUAUAACUAGCGGACGCCCGCGACUUCGUCCGCGUAAAUUUCGAUGUCAACUUUACUACUACCCCUACCCUACCCUACCCCUACAUCUACCCUACCCUACCCCUACCCUACCCUACUCCAAACCUACCCCUACCUUACCUACACCCUACCUCCUUCCUACUCCUACCCUCCCCGAACCCUAUCCCUUUCCUACCCCUAUCCCACCCGUACCCCUAUCUCACGCCUAUCCUACCCCUACCCUACCACUUCCCUAUCCUACCCGUACCUCUACCCUACCACUACCCUAUCUCUGACCCUACCCUACCACUACCCUAAACCCGGCCCUAAACCUACCCUACCCCUACACUACCCCUACGCUUCCCUACCCGUACCCUACCCUAUCCUGUAACUUCUCUAUCUUACUCCUACCCUUAGCAAAAUCGGUCCAGUCCUUCGAGAGUGGUGGUAUGACCAAGAGAAAUAGAGACUUCUAUGCUAAUAAUAUAAAGAGGUAAAGUUCGUGUGGUUGUAGGAGGUAAUCUCUGGAUCUACUGGACCGAUUUGGAAAAUUGUUUUACCAAUAGAAAGCUACGUUAUUUGCGAGAGUCAUAGGCUAUGUUUGAUCCCAUAUUCACACGGGAACGGGAACUACGUAAAUGAAAGCGCCGGGCGUCAUAUAGCGGAAUUUCUGCGUCUUUUAGAAAUUUUGUAUUAUCUCCGAAUCUAUUUAAGUAAUUAACAUACUGUAAAGGGCAAAUCUUAUCUCCAUAAUAUCCUUGUGAUUAUUAAAUAAUUUAUUUUAAUAAGGAUUAAAGUUUAGUUGUAUAAAUAAUUAAGUAAACCUGAGUAUAUAAAAUUAAUAAUUUUUAAAACACAAAAGGUACUACAGGGUGAUUCGGACUUUAGUACCGAUAUUUUUUUUCAUGGUUCAGUAUCAUUAAUAGAACAUAAAUCUACAAACAGUUCGAUACAUUUUAUGUAAUUUAUUUUUUUCAAUUUAUGUCUUAGAAAUAACAAAAUAAUGGACACAUUACCAAAAAAACUGCGCAACUGCUGGCGGCACUUUGUAAGACGCCGACAAAGAAAUACCGGCCGUAGGCAUAUCGCUUCGGCUUCGACUGACGGGGGUGGCAGAGGUGAGGGGAUCGAAAAAUCCCUGAGGACGCCUACCGAAUUGCCGAUGGGCGACCAGUGACAGACAAUCUGCCGUCGCGUGCGCAUUUAAGUUACCUAAUUAAUAAAUCGCAUGUGCAUGUCACUAUGUCGGGAUUUUCAAA